AUGGCCUUCACAGAUCCACAGAAAGUGCUGGUCACUGGCAGCCUGGACCCUUGCUGCUGGAAGAUGCUGCAAGAUGGAGGGCUGCAGGUGGUGGAGAAGCAAAACCUGAGCAAAGAGGAGCUGAUAGCCAAGCUGCAGGACUGCAAAAGCCUUAUCCUCUACUCGGCCACCAAAGUGACCCCGAAUAUCAUCAACACAGCAGAGAAGCUCCAGGUGGUGGGCAGGGCCAGCACUGUCAUGGAAAACGUGGAUCUGGAAGCUGCCACAAGGGAGGGCAUCCUGGUCAUGAACACUCCCGAUGGGAAUAGCCUUAGUGCUGCGGAGCUUACCUGUGGGAUGAUCAUGUGUCUGGCCAGGCAGAUUUUCCAGGCCACGGCUUCAGCUUCAAUUAAGGAUGGCAAAUGGGACCAAAAAGAAGUUCAUGGGAACUGA